AUGACUGAGAUUAUCGCUGCCAUCCGCCUCGAGUCGACACUUGCCGAUGCAAGUUACAUGGAACUUUUCAAGACACCCGGCAACCGACGCCGUCUUUUUAUCUUCAUUUCCUUGGGUAUAUUCUCACAGUGGUGUGGUAACGGUGUCGUAUCUUACUACCUUGCAAUCGUUCUAAGAACCGUGGGCAUCACAAGUGUCACACAUCAGACAUUAAUCUCGGGUCUACUGCAGGUUUGGAACCUGCUGUUCGCCGUAGCCGCCGGUCUCAGCGUGGAUAAGCUUGGGCGUCGCUCCUUAUUCCUUGCUUCAGCUGGCGUCAUGCUCGUAUCGUACAUCCUUGUUACAGCGCUUAGUGGCUCCUUUGCAGAGUCAGGCAGUGCUGCGACUGGAGUUGCAGUGAUCCCGUUCCUUUUCAUCUUCUUCGCUGGCUAUGACAUCGCUCUCACCCCUUUCCUGACUGCCUACCCUUGCGAAAUCUGGCCAUACAGACUUCGUUCUCACGGUCUUACUGUCACAUGGAUCACCGUCGUAGUUGCCAACUUUUUCAACACUUUCGUCAACCCUAUCGCACUGGAAGCGAUUGCCUGGAAGUAUUAUUUUGUUUUCAUCGUGGUCCUUGUCGCCAUGGGUUUUACAGUAUACUUCUUUUACCCGGAAACUCGAAGUUACUCCUGGAGCAUAUGGCAGUCAUCUUUGACGGCGAAAAUGACGCUCCGUCUUCGGAAGAGAGCGCCAAAAGAGCUUCGAGCUUCUCAACUGAGAAGAUGA